AUGGGCACUUUUGCCCGUUGGUCGAGCAGCAUGCGCCAGUCCGUGGCCUCCCAAUCUCGCGGUUAUGCCGCAAAGUCAGCAAUCCCAAGCUUCUCCCCGACCUCCUCUCCCGAACUUGAUCAGCUUCUCUACAAAUUCCGUGAAGACCGCUUCAUCCCAUCUGGACUCCCGAACCAGCAACGUCGAAACAUGUUCAAGGAGAAGCACAGGCAGCGACUGGAGCACGAGCCCAUCACCGUUGCAAUUAGCGAGACGGAAGAUUUUACUUUGCGACCUAUGACUAUCAAGCAAUUGCCCACGAAAAAGGACGCCUACGAGGCACUGCGGCUCAUCGCCGCCAACAACGAAUGGAAGGCCCUUGUCCCGUUCCUGAGCGGUCUCUACAUGUCGAACCUAAGACUUAACAACAACCGAUACGCACAGAUUAUUCGCAAGGCUAGUGAUGCAGGCAAGCUCUCCAUCGUUAUGGAGUGUAUCCGCCAGGGACACCGCACCGGCUUCCACCUUCGCGAUCUGACUGUCGUGCAACGCCUUUUCUACGAUAUCCACGUUCUUGCGCAAAGAGCCGACUUCAAGGGACCCGCCGUCACCAAGGCACUUAACAUGGCUAAGCAGGCGGUGGAUUUGAUGGAUCAGGACGUUGCCACGCACCCCUCUCUUACCAAGGCUGAGAACCCCAAGUACCAGCCCUUCGUUACUGGCACGCUUCUUGAACUCAGCGCCGCCCGCGCGAUCGAUGAGUUCGGUGGCAAGGACCAAGCGAACGAGGUUUUGAGUUACGUGCGCAAGUUGGUCGCAUCCUGGCCUAUUUUCCAGGAGCAAAGCAAGGUUGCGGGUGAAGUUGGCUCUGCAUCGGAGCGGGCCCAGCAGGUCAUUGCUGUUUACAAUGGACUGCGAUUGAGCCUCCCGAUUCACGGACUUGCUUUGGACAAGCAGCUCCAUGACUCUGUCACGGCAUGUCUCGCCGAGGCGAAGAGCGAGCUGGAAAGUCUUGUGGACGUUGUGGAGCAGGCUUCCGUUCAGGAAUCGGUGCGCGCCGUUCUUAACGCAUAA